UCACAAUCACAUCUUUUAUGGGUUUUUACAGCUAAGGUUGUAGUUGAAAAAAUUGACACAUAGAUAGAAGGACCACAGAGAUUGAACAUAUACCAUAUUCUUUGAACUCACAAAUUUAUUUAUUUUUGUCUAGGGACACAACUGUUUCUUCAACUCUGCCCAUACACAUUUGGUUUCUUUCUUUUCUUUGGAAUUUUGCUACAUAUUCAUAGUCUCCAUGCCUUAUUGUGCUUGUAAAUAUGUAAAGCGUCAAUCAAUCAACUUUGCCUAGCUAUAUGAAUCCUCAGUGACAAGUAUAAAAAUUUAGGAACUUGUUGAAUAAAUACAUUCCACAUUCCUAGACAUUAUUUGUACAAACCCCAUAUUCAUGUAAUUGCAUGAGAAAAACAUGGUUAUGUUGUGCUGGAGGCCUUCUGUAAAGGGGGAUGGUAGCCGACGAGGGGGAGAUCCAAACGGCAGGUUUAAAGAAUUAAUGUGGUAUAAGGAUUUGGGAGUUCAUGCAAAUGGAGAAUUUUCCAUGGCAGUAAUACAAGCCAAUAAUUUGAUGGAAGAUCAGAGUCAGUUGGAAUCAGGGCCGUUAAGUUCUGUGAAAUUAGGACCUCAUGGAACAUUUGUUGGUGUCUAUGAUGGACAUGGAGGACCAGAGACAUCGCGGUUUAUAAACAACGCUCUGUUCUCCAAUCUCAAGGAAUUUGCAUCAGAGCAUCAAGAAAUUUCUGCUGAUGCCCUAAGAAAAGCUUUCUUGAAAACCGAAGAGGAGUUUCUGUCACUUGUAAAGAGACAAUGGCAUGAGAAGCCACAGAUUGUAACAGUAGGAUCAUGUUGCUUGGCCGGCGUAAUAUGUAGUGGACUACUAUAUAUUGCCAAUGUUGGAGAUUCACGUGCAGUGCUAGGCAGAGUAGAUAAAGCUGCAAAGAGUGUAACAGCCAUUCAAUUGUCAACAGAACACAAUGCUAGCAUUGAAUCCGUGAGAGAUGAGCUUCGCGCGUUGCAUCCUCAGGAUUCGCGGAUCGUGGUUCUCAAACAUAACGUUUGGCGUGUGAAAGGUCUUAUACAAGUUUCAAGGUCCAUUGGUGAUGCAUAUCUUAAGAAGUCAGAGUUCAACCAGGCACCAUUAUUGGCAAGAUUUAGGUUGCCUGAACCAUUCACGGAACCAAUCCUCAGCGCGGAGCCAUCAAUAUCCGUUCACAAACUCAGUUCCAAGGAUCAAUUCGUCAUAUUUGCUUCAGAUGGUUUGUGGGACCAUCUUAGCAACCAGGAGGCUGUUGACAUUGUGCACAGUCAUCCCAGAAAUGGAAUUGCUAGAAAACUUAUCAAAGCUGCUCUACAUGUAGCAGCCAAGAAAAGAGAAAUGCGAUAUUCGGACCUAAAAAAGAUAGAUCGAGGCGUAAGAAGGCACUUCCAUGAUGAUAUUACAGUUGUCGUUGUGUUUAUUGAUCCAUAUUCCAUGAAUAGAAGUUCUUCUCGCAGUUCGAUUCUCUCAAUUCGAGGAGGCACUCCCUCCUCUCCAAAACUGUAGUUCCAACACCUUCCAAAUGAACCAUUUCAGUUAAUCCACUUGGGAAUUGCGGAAUAUGUCCCCUACGCCCAGUGUCCACCCAGAGGCGGAACCAAAAUUUGAAGUUUAUAAGUUCUGAACUUGUCAUCGAAGCAAAAAUUAUGGAAUUCGUCUGAACUCGUUUCUAACCAGCAGCAAAAGAAGAUGGCAGAGCUUCUGUUUCUGAGGCCUCAAAAUGUCUUAUUAUCUCCUUUCAUUUCUUUGUAGUUUUAGGGUUGAAAAGUGUUGUUCCCUUCAUUGUUUUUAAUUAAUGGUUACUUCCUGAGUAACAAAAAAAAACUUAGAUACAACCAUUUGAAAGGCAUCUUGUUGCACCACGCGUACAGAGUGAAGAGUAAACUGUGAAUUUAAUCGGCUAUUUAUGUAAAGAUCUUUUUUUAAUUAAUAAAAACAAACAGAUCAGUACAAAAAUUCAUU